AUGGAGACUUAUGUUAAGAAAGUUUGGGCUAAUUCUGCCAAUCCAGAUGUUUUUCUUCUAAAACCUAGAAUUUUCUUAUUCAAAUUUAAAAACAAAGAUGAGAUGAGUGAUAUAUUAGAAAAAGGCCCUUGGUUUUUUGGAUCUAGACCACUAUCUUUAAAGCCUUGGUCAAUUGGUGAGGACUAUGAAAAAAUAAAUAGCAGUUUAUACCCUGUUUGGAUUCAGCUGCCUGCUUUGAAGCUUAACUUGUGGAAUGUUAAAAGUAUCAGUAAAAUUGCAAGUGCUGUAGGUCGUCCAAUCACCACAGAUAAACUUACAGCUAAUAAGCAAAGAUUAGCUUAUGCUAGGGUUCUUGUUGAGAUGGAUAUGCCUGCUUCUCUUCCAGAUUUUAUCACUUUGAAAGGCCCAGAUGGUAAACUUUUUAAUCAAAAGAUUUUAUAUGAGCUAAAGCCUAGAUGGUGUAAUCAUUGCAAAUCAGUGGGGCAUGAUACUUUGUUUUGCAAGAGAACUAUAGGAGUUCAGAGAUGGGUUCCUAAAACUAUUAAUUCUACUGCUCAGAAUACUCAGAAGGCUUCUGUACAGGAUCCUGGUUUUAAGGAAAAUUUUCCAAAUAUUCAAACAACAUCUUCCAUUGAUCUUCCAAAUAACUCAGUGCAUAAUAUGGUAUUACAAAGGACAGAUGGAAAUGUUUCCACUAUGAAUACUGAAAUGCAAGAAAGAAUUCAAAAGCAAAUGAAAGAGAAAGAAUUGUCCCCUAUGAAUUAUCAGCAUGAUGAACAAGCAGUGCAAAUAAGCAGAAUUGAAAACAUUCCUCAAUCUGGCUUAAGGGGGGUGCACAGUCUGGUGUAUGGUGCACGUGCACAACAGACAGGUUCUGAAAGUUCUUUUCAUUCUCCCCAAUCUAACAACUCUUGGUCUCUAGUUCAAGGUAAUAAACAGAGGAAAAAGUUUACUCCAGAGAAUCAGUUCUUCCAACUUGAGUACUUUGAUUUGGACCCCUCUACAGUGGAUAGAGGGGGUGCUUUCAAUUGA